UGUUUGGCGACCGUCUCAGUGAUACAAGAGCCACUUUGAUAGCACUUAUCUGAUAAGUACUACAACUUGAAAGCAUUAAGAAAGAAACGAUAACCAAACUAGGCUGUCAGUGGAUUGCCAGGCUGAGCCCAGUUAGUGGUAGUUAUUACUUACUUGUUGACGGCUUAUCCAGGCUACGUAGUGGUUGGAAUGGAACCGGAAGAAGGGAGAAAAAUGAGUCUGCAAGACUUUGUAUCGGUGCUGGAAAGCUACCGAGGACGUGAGAAAACCAUGCGAACUGUCCAGUAUGGUUUACUCCUUAUGACACCCUUUACACAGAAAAAUACGAGAGUUGCUGCUGAAGCCAUCAGUGCGCAGUUAGGAUCGGCAAGAGUGAUUUUGAGGUUGUUUGAUGACCUGUCUAUGCUUCAGUAUUCCUUAUCAUAUGGUUUGGGAAAGAGGGGUGAAGACCGGACACAGCGUUUGCUUAAAUUGGUUAAUAACAUUUUUGAUAUGCUUUAUUACCCAGUGGAACACAUAGCAUGGCUUCAGGAUAUGAAAGUUCUUCGUGGGAAAUCUCAGGGAUUAUGGAAUCUCUGCAUAGUGAUUUGGGCUAUUUCACUUAGUUUAACGAUAGUAAGAGCUCUUCAUCAGAUUUCAAUUCUAAAACAACAAAAGGCAAAAACUUCAGAUGAAGAAAGGAGGAGAAUUGAGGCCAGGCAUGUGGAGGAAUAUCUGACUGUGAUAAUGCAAGGAUCGGAUCUCCUGAAUGCCAUUAACUGGUUACCAUGGAGACCCUGGAGCAAGCCAUUUGCUUCUUGGCAGGUUGGCCUCCUUGGACUGACAUCAUCCAUCAUUGGCUUCAGAAAGCUUCUAUCUGCUGGAAGGUAGACAAUUUUGGGACUUGCAGAUAGCUUACAUCAUAUUCAUGUGUUGAGACAGGUUUGUGUAAACCUCUAACCUGUUUACUUGGAAAUUAUAUGAACACUUAGUACAAACGUGAAAAUCUUGUCAUAAUCUAUAGAUUUACUUGGGAUUUUUCUUCUUUUUUAAAAUUUUGGUAAGGCUCACAAGAACAUUGUUAGCAUUAGUGGUAAUUUUCUUUCUGUAGAACAUAAGUUGAUUAGGAAGUGUUAUCUUAAGUUUGUCGUAUAAGUUUGGUAUUUACAAGCACAUAUCUCCUGCAUAAAACCAGAUAAUUCUGUAGAACACUUUCUUCUACUAAUUAAUCACUUGGUUCUGCCUACGUACUAAUAGCCAUAGUCUUUGUUAUAUAGAUUAACACCCAGUUGGAAAGUUCACUGAUAUAGUGAGAAGUUUGUACAUGCUCAAGUUAGAUUUGGGUAAUGUUUGGAGUUUAUCUUUUUUAAGUAUUACAAGAUUCUUUUACAUCAUCACAGGUUUGUAACUGCAUGAGCUAAAAGUUAGUCGUUUUAGAGUGGGAGAGUACUAGUGCUGUAUUUUUUAAGUGCUCAAAGAAACUAAUAGUCAUAAAGUAUACUGUUGAUUAGGUUGUUAAUAAGCCCUCAAGCGUGCUUUUGUUCAUGAGACAUUGAUUUCUUAAUAUUAUUAUUAGCCCAGUGAGGUCAUGUUGGUAUUAUUAAGUCAAAUUAGACUACUAAGUCAUUUUUCUAGUCUUGUACGUACUGCUUUGCUAAAGUAAAUUGGUUUUAAUGAGAUGUGAAAGUUACAGCCAAGUUAAAAGUUAAAAGUGGACCACAUGGAAUGGAAAAGAAAUGCAGCCUGGGGCUGAAGGAACAUUGCAAAUAGCCUCAUUUUGCUCACAAGCCUUGGUGAGAUUAUAAGAAAAUGUAUAGUACUUCUUUUAUCACAAUGGAAUACGUUAUACAGUAUAAUAGAGCUUCAAAUCAUAGAAGUUUAUCUACAUAUAUUUUCCUUGCUCUUUUUCUACCACUCAUGAAUAUAGGGAAUUGGUUAUUUAGCAAGUAUAUUUUACAUGCAGUAUAACCGGAAGUAUUGAUAGCUGGGAGACUUGAGCUGUUACAACUUGUGCAGUAUACUAGGUAGGGUACAAUACACUAUAUUAAGUAGAAAACUGUGAUAGUUCAAAUUCUAAGUUGUUUUAGGAGAUGUACAAGUAAGUUUCAUUCCAAGAAAUGUAGUUAUUUUUUUUUUUUUUUUUUUUUUUACAAAUGUAGCUUUUUUUUAAUGUGAAAAGUUGGACUUUGUGUAAGGCAGCUUGGUGAGACAUGUGACACCAUAUAUAUUUUAGCAAGCAUCAUUUUUGUUUUUAACCUUUAGAAAUCAUUAUUGUCUGUUCAGCGGUUUUUUUUUUUUUAUUCAAUUUGCCACUCAGUGUUUUUUGGUAAGGAGUAUUUUUAAUAUGAGAACAGGAGUUAUAGUUUUAAGUUACAUUGUCAUGUUUUUGUUCCACUUUGACAGGGCCUUGCUAAAGUUUCCCAGAUAGCAAUUUUAGGUUGAAUUUCACUUGAUGUCAUAUUUCAUUUAGAUUUCAUUACAGUUUAAUUCACUUAUAAAAGUGUAUCAUUCAAUUUUACUAUUACUGAAUCUUGCCCUUUCUUUAAAAUAUAUUGCAUAUAUUAUCAAGGAGUGUAAUGUAAAGCCUCAAGAUUUGUUAAUUGAUACUUUUCAAAAUGAAUACGUAAUUCAG